AUGACCAACACCACCGAGUCUGCGUCCGCUUCGGCGCAUCCGUCGCCAUCCUCGACGGCCGACGCUGCUGCACCCCACAUCGCAGUGAGCAGCGCAUCGCCUCCGGUUCCAUCCGCAACCGACGCCAACCAGGCCGAGAAACAACACAGCCCCGACGCCAUCAGCGACAAUGCCGACAGGGCAAAACGCAGCACACUCGCGAGACACUGGAAGCCAUUCGCGCGUCGCGUCGGCCUCGAUCCGCUGCCAUCAUAUGUGGCCUGGGUGGGGCUAUGCUUGACGUGGCCCAAACUCAAGCCCGUCAUCCGCUCGGCGCUGCUGGCGUGGAUAUGCCUGCUGAUCUUCCUCAUUGCACCGUCGGAGCGUGCGCUCGGCAACGCCUCGUUCCUCGUGCUCGUCGCGUGCGCCAUCCAGCCCGCCGAGGUGCCGCUGGCGGCGGUGGUGGAACGCGAGUUCUUCACGCUCCUCUUCGUAUGCAUCGCCUGGGCAUGGUCCAACAUCGGCAUCGCCAUCGCCCACGCCGCGCGCACCACCAAGCUGUCGCAGACGCAGACGAGCAUCCAGCGCGUGCUGGCGGGCGACUACAUCGAGGCACGCUCCAGCAUCGUCUGCGCCGUCUUCCUCUCCAUCGGCUCCGCCGUCGUGCUCUACAUCAAGGUCCGCUUCGGCCCCAGCCCUUUCCUCUUUGCCACGGUGCUCAGCUGCAUCCUCAUGAACAUCUGCUUGACCUACGCGCCGCUCUAUCCGUACGUCUUCUAUUCGCUCGGCCAGUCCGUCGUCGUGCCCCUCGCCGUCAAGGCGGCGGUGAACAUCAUCCUUUCCGUCAUCUUCUUCCCCAAAUCCGUCAACUCGCAGUUCGUAGAGAGACUCAUCGCCGUACUCGACCCCAUCGCCGCCGCGUGUGGCGACCAGGUCAAGCUGCUCCGAACCUCGCCGCUCGACACGGCUGCGCCUGCGGACAAGGAUGCCAAGGAAGGAUUCGACUUCGACUUUGUCGCCCGCAAGCUAGCGGCUGCCGAGGGCGGGCUCAUGCCGCUCUCGCUCUCGUCGCGCCUGCUGACGCGCGAGGUGUCGUUCGGACUGGCCAAUGGCGACGAUCUGCGCGAGUUUGAGCGGCUCACGCGCUCCUUGGUCGCUCCUGCCGACGGAUGGGCGUACUACUACUCGUCGAUCAAGGCGGAUAUCCAGUCGGCGCACUUCCCCAAGACACCCGUGCCGUCGCGGCUCGCAACACCUGCGAUCACGCCCGCCAUCACGCCACGCACCUCGCUCGACCACGCCCGCAACACGUCCGACUCGGGCCACCAUGCCACGGCGCAUCAUGUGCAGCUCCAUCCUCCGUCACGCCCGCACUCGUCCGGUCCCGCACCGGCGCAGCACCUCUCCGACACGCCGCACGCGCUGCUGCCCGCCUCGGGCACCUCGACGCCGCACCGCGAGUCGCCGCUGCACGCACAGCUGUUUCCGCACGACGCGACCACCGACUCGGCCGGCGCCAGCGCCACGGCGUUCCGCCAGCUCGACGAGCACCCGUCUGUGCAGCCGGGCAACGAGCUGAGCUCGUCGCGCUUCCGCAAGAUGGCGCGCUCCAUCGCCUCGGCCUCGCGCAGCUCCUCGCCGCGCCGCUGGAUGCACCACGGCCACAACAGCCCCGCCGACGCGCGCGAUCACACCCCUUGGCACCACCACCACCACGCGUGGGAGCGCUCCAGCCACAUGCUGCACAACUUUGUGCACAGGCGCGACCCGGCGCCCGUCGCCAUCUGGGAGUCCAUCCGCUUUGGCAACCUCGAGACGUACCUGCAUACGGCGGCGGCGAAUCACGUCACCGAGAUGUUUGCGCGCCUGAUCCGCGAGACGUCUUGCGAGCUGCUUGCCACCGACGCUGGCGCGAUUCGGCACAUUACCGCGUGGUUGGCGCACCUCAAUUCGCACCGCUACGCCUUCUUGCGCGAUCGGCUCAUGCUGUCAGCCUCCCAGCGAGCCGAAAAGGGACGGCAGCAGGCCGAAUCCACACGCAGGGUGAUCGCUUCCGUCGAGACGGCACUCUCGGACUUCCGCACCUCGAAGCGGCUCGCGGUGCUCGAGCCGUACAAGGCGGCUUUGCGCGCGCACGAUGCGUCGGGGGCCACCGACGAUGCAGCUGCCGAGCUGGACCUGCGCACGGGGCCGGGCGAGAUCGGCAAGAUCCACCACCGCUACCUCUACCAGGCCUGGCUGCACCAGUUCCACACGAUCAACUUUACCGAGCGCCUCCUCACGCUGCUGCGCGACGUCGAGCACGUGCAGAGCGAGCGCACCGCCGCCAGCCUGUGGUUCCCGCACUGGCCGCGGAUCUUCUCGGCCGACGUGUGGCGCAACGCCUCGGGCGACGCGCACGACGACGACGAGCCGAGCACCGACCCGGAGCAUAUUCCGGACAUUAGCUCCGAUACGCCGCUCGCCUCGCGCCAGCGCAGCCGCAGCACCAACACCGCCGUCGACGAGCACGUCCCUCCCAAGGCCGCACACGCGCACGCACACUUUGGCGGCACCGAGUCAGACACUGCCACCGCCGAGCCGAUUGUCGAUCUGGGCUCGACGCGGCGUCGCGAUCCGGACGCACUCGACCCGGAGGGGCUGCUACAGGUGGUGGGGCACACGAUCUACAUGUGGGUGCGGCGUCCGUUCCGCGGCAACGCACUGUUCGGGAUCAAGGCGGCGGUGCUGAUCGCGCUCGUGUCGCUGCCGGCGUACAUCAAGUCGUCGGCGCCGUGGUGCUACUCGAACCGCGCGAUCUGGGCCAUCUUCAUGGCGCAGCUGACGCUCGCGCGCUUCCGCGGCGAGACGGCGUUUGCGCUGCUCUCGCGCAUCCUCGCCACGGUCAUCGGCGCCGUGUGGGCACUGGUCAUCUGGUACAUCUCGACGGGCUCUGGGCGCGGCAAUGCGUACGGGCUGGGGGCCACAUGCGCCGUGGCUUUCCCACUGCUGUUCUUGUACAGAAUCUACUAUCCCGGUCCGCCGAUUACGCCGAUCAUCGCGAGCGUUACGACGGUGCUGAUUGUGGGGUAUAGCUGGAAGGACGUGACGAAUCCAACGCCGGGGUCGCCCGGGUAUGGGUGGAGCACGGCGUGGCGUCGGCUGGUGGCGGUCAUCGUGGGUGUGUCGGCGGCGUACAUCUUUAGCUACCUGCCGCCCUCGUCGACGCUGCGCGAGUACCAGCGCCUGUCGCACGCCGCUACGAUUGCCGAGCUGGGCAAGAUCUACUGUGCCGUCGUCGGCAUUGCCAGUCACGGCCACCACGACCAUGCCUCUCGGAGACUGGAAGGAGAGUCGGUGGCCGAGGUGCCUUCGUCGGAGGUGGUGCGCAAACGCAUCAUCGGUGUGCGCGCCAAGCUGCGACGGUUGUCGAUGAUCUCGGUCAACGUGUCGUACGAAUUCUCGCUGCGCGGGCGGUGGCCCUCGUCGCGCUACGCUGCGCUCUUCUCGGUGCAGAUGGAGAUUUCCAAGCUGCUCUCGCACUGCAUUGCUGUCCUGGAGCGCCUUGGGCCCGCCUACUCGAUCGCGCUGCUUCGGCGCACGCGCUUUCUCGAUCCUCGCUUCCUCGGCGAUGUGUUGAGCGUGAUCAGCAUGUGCUCGACCGCGCUGAAGACCGCCGAGCCCUUACCGCAAGUUACACCGUGCCCGCUCGUGGACCGGUUCAUGGACACCCCGCACGGCUUCAACGCCUACCUGCCCGACGACGUCCACACGGCCACCGAUCCGCUGCUGGCGGAACUGCCCACCAAGAUCACGCUGCAGACGCUCGAGGAUGCCGAGUACAUGACGUUUGCCGUCGGCGUCGCCACGCUGUUCGGGCUCGUGGUGCGCAUCGACCGCCUGUGCGUGGCGGUGAAACAGCUGGUGGGCGAGAGCUACGCGGUACCCGUCGAUGUACAUCGUAUGCUCAGCACGCGCAAGACCCAGUAA